UGACGAUAGUACUUGUGUCUUAAAAUGAUGUUAUCACUGUUAUGUUUUAUGUUAUUAACUGUGUUUUUAACACAAGAUGGCGCUUUGUCGUAUAAACUUGAAUCUUGCCGCUCGGACGACAUGACGUUCGGUAUAUGUGUGAACUUCAACGAGUGUGAGGAGAGGCAAGACGAAAACCAAUUUACUUUUCUGCGUUGCCGCGGUUCCAAAACCUGCUGUCCUCUCAGCAAGUUGGUAAAGGUUACAGAAACUCCGUUGACUAAGGUUAAUGACAACAAGGGAUGCGGUUGGAGUAACCGGGUUUAUGACAUACAGACCACGCCUGGCAGUGCAACGUAUGGCGAGUUCCCGUGGAUGAUCGCUGUUUUGAGGACAUCAAACACAAACAAAUCUUGGAAUCAGCAAGACUUAAUAGGCGGGGGUUCGCUCAUACAUCCCUCCGUUGUUUUGACAGCAGCACAUACUGUUCACAGACUGACGAACGAACAGUUAAAAUGUAGAGCGGGCGAAUGGAACACACAAACACCGAACGAAUUUUACCCGUAUCAAGAGAGAAACGUGAAGAAAAUCAUCAUUCACCCGGAUUUUCAUUCAAGGAGAGGACACAAUGAUGUAGCGUUACUUUUCCUGGAAAGUUCAUACGAUAUAUCGUCAACAAUAAGUGUAGCGUGUUUGGGACGAACCAUGGCCCAGGUCGGGACGGACUGUUAUAGUAUGGGGUGGGGGCAAAGGGUAUUCAAUAAUAUAGAUGACCACGCGGUUUUAUUAAAGAAGGUACCGCUGCCCAUAGUAGCAAGACGUACUUGCGAAUAUUACCUAAAAAACACAAUAUUAGGCUCGAAGUUUAAGCUCCAUGACUCCCUAAUAUGCGCUGGUGGUUUACAAGGCGUGGACACAUGUACUAAAGACGGCGGAUCUCCUCUCGUUUGUCCUAUUGGAAAUGUUAAUGGCGUUUCCCGGUAUGCUGUGUAUGGUGUAGUGGCAUUUGGUAUUCAGUGUGGCCAAGAGAACGUACCCGGAGUGUAUUCUAGUGUUCCCAAUGUUUAUGAGUGGCUAGUAGCAACUAUGGUGGGAGAAGGCAUGGAUACCAGCCAGUUUGUGUACUAAUAAUAAUAAUAAAUACUUUUUAGUUUC